UAUAAGCAGAGAAAGUUUGACAAGUCAGUCUCAGUUUCUCCCUGGUCCCGAACUUGGAUUGUAAGAAAACGGUGAUAGAAUUGGACAGAUUUUCGGGGAAAGACAAGCAAGGCUCUUUUGUAACUUCGUCCUUCAAGCAAGAGUGCACUCAAGAUGGGUGACUGGAGUGCUUUAGCACGACUUCUUGACAAAGUCCAGGCUUAUUCCACUGCUGGAGGAAAGGUGUGGCUCUCCGUACUCUUCAUCUUUAGAAUACUUGUCUUGGGCACAGCCGUCGAGUCUGCCUGGGGUGAUGAACAGUCUGCUUUUAAAUGCAACACCCAGCAACCCGGUUGUGAGAACGUCUGCUAUGACAAAUCCUUCCCCAUUUCCCAUGUGCGUUUCUGGGUCUUGCAGAUCAUAUUUGUCUCGACCCCGACACUGCUGUAUCUCGCUCAUGUUUUUUACCUGAUGCGGAAAGAGGAGAAAUUAAAUAAGAGAGAAGAGGAACUGAAAGCUGUCCAGAAUGUGGGCAGUGACGUGGAUGCACCCCUAAAACAGAUUGAGAUGAAGAAGUUCAAGUAUGGGCUGGAAGAGCAUGGGAAGGUGAAAAUGAAAGGAGCCCUGCUGCGUACCUAUAUCGUCAGCAUCUUUUUUAAGUCAAUAUUUGAGGUGGGGUUCUUGAUAAUACAGUGGUACAUGUAUGGAUUCAGCCUGUCUGCUGUAUAUACUUGCAAGAGAGAGCCGUGUCCACAUCAAGUGGACUGCUUCCUUUCUCGUCCUACAGAGAAAACAAUCUUCAUUAUCUUCAUGCUGGUGGUCUCUCUGGUGUCCCUUUUCCUGAACGUGAUUGAAUUGUUUUACGUUUUCUUCAAGAGCAUCAAGGAUCGCAUGAAGGCCAAAAGAGAUCCUUUGAUGCCUUGCGGGCCGAUGAGUCCGACUCCCAAGGACUGUGUGUCCCCGAAGUAUACCUACUACAACGGCUGCUCCUCUCCCACGGCCCCCAUGUCGCCCCCAGGGUACAAGCUGGCCACGGGCGACCGGACCAACUCUUGCCGCAAUUACAACAAGCAAGCCAACGAGCAGAACUGGGCCAACUACAGCACCGAGCAGAACCGCCUGGGCCAGAACGGCAGCACCAUCUCCAACUCUCACGCGCAGGCUUUCGACUUCCCCGACGAUACGCACGAGCACAAGAAACUUUCGCCAGAUCACGAGUUACAGCCUCUGUCCCUCAUGGACCCGAGGCCUUCGAGCAGAGCCAGCAGCCGCGUCAGCAGCAGGCCUCGACCGGGCGACCUUGACGUGUAGCCCCAUUCCCAAUCGAGAGAAUAAAGCGGUACUUUCAACUUCACUGUCUUCACUAGAAACUCUUAAUAAACACAGAGACAUACAGUACAGAUACUUAAGUGCUGGAGGUACUGUCCUUAAACAAUGACAUUAAGAUUAGAGAAGUUAACAAUCUGUUGUUCCAAAACACAAGAGAAGGGUGGCAAGAAAAAACAACAAUUAAAUAAAUGCAAGGAUGUGUUUGAUACAUGUUGCUGAACAGUCCCAAUUUUUUGUUCCUAUAGCUUUGUUUAUAUAUUUUGUGUAGUUUAUUAUUAUUUUGUUCUAUAUAUUUUUUUGGUGUUCCCACACAAGAACAUUCCAUUUAAAAUUUUUGCACUUUGAUGUCACAGGUUCCCGUGAAACUUUUUUCCAAGUCUGUAAAGUUGUUUCAAACUACAACUAUAUCUUUUAUUCCCCUUAUGACCUUAAUGAUUUUCAAGCUUAAAAUCCUUUCAAGCUUGUUGUAAAACAGGGUUAUAACUAAAUAAUCUUAUUCUGUACCUUGUACUUAACUUCAUGAAUUAAUAUUUAUUUAUUAGAUAUACAGGACAUUCACCACUAGACAAUUGACUACUACCCUAGGUCAUUUCCAUAUGAAUAAUAAAGCAAAAUAGAUCCAAAACCAUAUUUAUUGAAAAAAAUCCCAAUUUCAGCAGUACUUUUUUCUUAAUCAAAAGAGAGAUCUCUUUUAAUAUUAGUGGACUGUCAUUUCCUGAUAAACUUUGAAUUUAUGUGGCGUCAGUUUUAUUAAUGUUUUUGUUGUCUUGGCUUUUGUGGAAAAGUGGACAUGUUCACAGGAUGGAUAAGAUCUGCUGUGAAACAAAGGCACAGCUUCAUUCUUCACAAAAAUGUCCCUAAGGCUCUUCAAAAGGGAUGUGUUAAUUUUUUUCUCUUGUUGUAAAUGUAUGGUUAUUUUGGAAAGCAGUAGCAGUUUUAAUUUUUUUUGGUUGUGGAUGAUUUUUUUAACGAUGUAAUCAUUGCUGCUUGAGUGAUAGAUGUUUUAGUACUGUAAAUCAAGCUAACUGUCAAAUGUGAGUUUUUAGAAGACUGCUUAUAGAGCUGGACUAAUAUUUAGUCAAGAGUAAUAAAAUGUAUAUGCCAAUGUAGCUCCACAGCCACCACACUCUUAGAUAAGUUUUAAUUUGGAGGUUAAAAUGGUUGAACAUUACAUUGCAGUAUUUUGGUACUCAAAUACGAGGAUUCGAUGUCUUUUCAGCUACAAUGGUGUUUGCACUGAAACUUUGACUAGGAUAUAAUAUGUUACAUAAAGGGGAUAAAUGUUUCAUAGCAUGCAUGUUACUAAUUUAUUUUACAAUACACCGGUCAGAAAAAUGAAUGCAUCACUGACAAUACAUUUUACAUUUCAAGUUUUGCAAAUUAUUCAUUCACAGUACAAAACGUGAAUGUACAUUUUUGUGAAGUACAGUGUGGUCAUUUGGUAUUCCCUGUUAAUCCACUGUUGUACAGUGUGUUACUGCAUGAUAAAAAACAAAAAUGUCAUUAAUCAUACCUGCUAAAAAGCUAUUUUAACCAAUAAAGAUUUUCUUUUCUUA